AUACCUUCAGAAUCACGAGCCUUGUAUCCCAAUAGUGGUGUCAGAGCCAUCAUCACUCUCACAAGUUCCGAUCAUGGCCACUCCCAAUGAUUCCCCAAACUCUGCUGCCUCAAAAACCUCCACAACUACUGCUAUUACUGUCCUCAACCUAGGCCUAACCAACGGCCCACUUUCCUUCAACUCAACCGCAUUUCCGAUGAAACUAACUCCCACAAAUUAUUUAUCUUGGAAGGCUCAAUUUACCUCUUUGCUUGCAGGUGAUGAACUUGAUGGCUAUCUUGAUGGCAGACAUCCCUGUCCAAUUGCAAUAACACCUGAAUACAGCUUAUGGGCACACCAAGAUCAACUUCUGCGCCAUGCCCUCAUCACCUCCGUCUCGGAGAAUAUUACCCCAUACAUUACUGCUGCUGCUACAGCCCAACAGGCGUGGGAAACCUUGGCCAAACUAUAUGCUAAUCAUUCCCACACUCGGCUCUGUGGCCACACUGGGUACUUUGCCAAAAAUUGUCCAAAUUAUCGUGUGCAAGUCGUCAGUCCAAUGGCAAAUAUUGCAUCUUCCUCGGUCGCCUUCUUUGAUGACUGUCUCUUGGAUUCUGGGGUCAACAAUCAUGUGACCACUGACUUGACCAACUUAGCACUUCAUUCAGAAUACAAUGGACCUAAUGAAUUGCAAAUUGGCGAUGGUACAGGUUUGAAAAUCACCCAUGUGGGGCACUCCACGCUAUCCACUCCGACUUCUUCUUUACCUUUACGCAAUGACACAUGCACGGGGGAGACACUACUAAAAGGACCCAACAUUCAUGGGAUCUACCAAGUCCCAAGAAAAAUUAAUCCGAGACCAUAAGCACUAGUGGGAGUGAGAACAACUAUGGCGAAUUGGCAUUCACGCUUAGGUCAUCCUUCAACACAGACCCUAAAAUAAAUUAUCAAUGUUUUUCAUUUACCAUUAUUCAAUAAAAUAAAUUUUUCUUU